AUGAUCCUCCGUUUCCUGCCGAUUAUUUCGGCAAUUCUCGGAUUUGCUCAAGCUGGAGGACAGAUCGAGUUCAUAGUCAAUUCCACGAGGGCUGUCCAGUUGGAAGUGAUUACUUGUCCUGUGACCGUUUGUGAUGGUCGUGAGAAUCAAGUAGAAGUUUUUGAAGUGCCGAAAUCAUCUCAUAUUCAUUUUCACACAAUACCAUACGAUGGGGUUGCUCUGGAACAGUUUGAUUUGCAUCUGAGAUUCAGAGAUUCAACCACAAAAAAAGGACUUCUCGAAUAUACCAGGAAUGUCAAAGCCGAUAAUGAGUGGAGAGUUGUCAAGGGUAUCAACGAUUCCACUGACUUUGAUAUGGAAUUUUAUAUCAGAAACAAAUGCGAUGAAACAUUCUACGGACACCAAUCAAAAUGCAAGAAUGACUGCAACAAUCAUGGUGUAUGUGCCGCUCCUAACAAAUGUGUCUGUAGCGAAGGGUUUGUUGGAAACCAGUGUGAGAUGUGCAUUCCAAGAAGAGGAUGUGCUCAUGGGCAGUGUGUGCCAGGCAUCCCAGGAACUUGUAGAUGCCAUCCAGGGUUCAAGGGACCACUCUGCGAUCAAGACACCUGUUCCUUCAUGAAGCCAUGUCUGAACAAUGGAACCUGCUCGGUGGCUCUCCGCCAGUCUUUGGGAUAUCAGUGUAAAUGUUCGGUGGAUUUUACUGGAACUCAUUGUGAGAAGCCAAUCAGUCAGAUGCAUUGUACCAAUAAGGAUCUUUGCAAAAAUGGUGGAAGCUGUGUGGAAGUCGACUCAAAAACGGUGAAAUGCAAAUGUGUCGAUGGUUAUUUUGGAAAGUUCUGCGAGAACGGAAGAGACUGCAACUUUCUCAAGUGUUCCGAAGGGUCAUCGUGUCACAUGAUUGGCACCAACCCGAUUUGUAUGCAUGACGAGCCUGAUGCAAACGGUUCGAAUGAUGAGAUUGAGCACAAUGAUAAUGGCGAUUAUGGAAGAGAAGCUGAGAAAAUGUGGAUUCUCGUCAUCUUGGCCGUUGCGAUUCUAAGUUUCAUUGUGCUCAGAAGAAAGCCAUUGUUUCGUUGGUGGAACCGGGGAUACAGGCAUCGUCAAGGGUAUUCAACGCAAGUCCGCUAUGCUACCAGACGUCAACUAUCCCCACCGGCAGGCUUCAAUUUUCCCAAUGCAUUCCCACCUAUGUCGGUUCUCAACAAUGCUGAAUCUACCGUCUAUGAUGAGACUCCACCACCGAGCUACUCGUCCUUGGAUAUCACUCAGUUGACUGGAAAUAGAGCAGUUGAUAGAAGUAAUGGAACCGAGGAAAUGAUUGAGAAUGCCGAGAAUACUGAAAGAGAAAUCCGUGGAAGAGCUGAGAGAGCCGAGGAGCCCGAGAGAGCCGAGGAGCCCGAGAGAGCCGAUGAAGUUGAUGACGCCGAAGAAAUCGUGCACGCAUUGUUCUAA